GGUGCCAGCAGUGGCGACGGCAGUACAUUCCACCAGCAGCUGGAGCCCUGCUUAAGGAAGCAGCCGCCGCCGCGCAUGGACCCGCGGCGGAGGCAGGCUGCGCUCUCCUUCCUAACGAAUAUCUCGCUGGACGGGCGGCCGGUGUUGCAGGGCGAGGAGGGCGGCGAAGAGAGCGACGACGGCGCGGCAGCCGCUGCAAAUACGGCUUCUGCUGCAGCCUGCGGUAUCAGCAGCAGCAACAGCACUCGGACUCGUCGGGGCAACCUGAGCGCUUUCCAGUCGCCCGCCCCGCAGCACUACGCAGCUUAUGCCAGCGCCUGCGGUGGCAGCGGCAACGUCAAGCUCAUGAGCCCCCUGGGAGCGGCUGGCCAGCCGCAGCAAGGCGAAGGCGACGAGCCGGAGGAGGACGAGGACGAAGAUGCCUUCGCUAGCGUGCAGGUGCCCAUCGUCGGCCCCGCCGCCGCCGCCGCCCUCCCGGCCUCCUCUGGGACCCCCUGUGCAAGGGGUCGCCUCAACUCUUUCACUCAGGGAAUCCUGCCCGUGUCCUUCGCCAGAACCGCCCCACAAAACUAUUGCUGCCUCGAGCAAGGCCCGGUGGGCGCCAGCGCUUUUGAGCUGCAGAGGUCCAGACGUCGGCUAAUUUCCCAGAGAUCUUCAUUGGAGACUUUGGAAGACAUUGAGGAAAAUGCUCCCUUAAGGAGAUGCAGGACUCUGUCAGGCUCACCCAGACCAAAGAACUUUAAGAAGAUUCAUUUCAUCAAGAACUUGCGGCAGAAUGAUACAAGAAGUGGCAGAAUAGUCCUUAUUAGUGGCAGAAGAUCCUUCUGCAGCAUAUUUUCAGUGCUGCCAUAUCGGGAUUAUAGCCAUGUUGGAGAUAUGAAAACAGAAGGUGGAAGGCAAUGUCAUUCUACUGCAGGUGUUUGCUUGAGAGACAUAGUUGGCCUUGAAGGUGUGGAAUUAGGAGCUAAUGGAAAGACUGUUUCUUAUACCCAGUUUCUCUUUCCAACCAAUGCCUUGGGAACACGGAGAAACACGAUAGACUCGACCUCAUCCUUUUCACAAUUUCGUAAUGCAAGCCAUCGUAGCCUUUCAUUGGGAAGAGCUAAUAGCACCCAAGGGAGCAUUGAUACAGGCAGUGACUUGGGAGACUACACUGAAUACAACCCUAAUCUUCUAGAUGAUCCUCAGUGGCCAUGUGGAAAACAUAAGCGGGUGCUGAUAUUUCCUUCCUAUAUG